AUGGGUGAUGCAUGCAUUCCUACCAUUGAUCUCUCUUCUUUCCUGCUGAGAGAGGAUGAGGAAGGCAAAAGGAAAGGUAUGGAAGAAAUCACUGAAGCCUGUUCAGAAUAUGGGUUCUUUCAAGUAGUGAAUCAUGGGGUUUCCCUUGAUUUGAUAAAAGUGGCCAUGGAACUAUCCAAGUCCUUUUUUGAUUACUCUGAUGAAGAAAAGACCAAAAGUAGUAGUCCUUCCGCUGAUGUACCGCUUCCUGCUGGCUACAAUAAACAGCCUCUGCACUCCCCAGACAAAAAUGAGUACUUGCUGGUUUUCCCUCCAGGAUCCACCUUCAAUAUCUUCCCUCAAAACCCUCCGCAGUUCAGGGAAGUGCUUGAAGAAGUGUUUGUUCAAAUGAGCAAGAUUGGUAUGCUGUUGGAGAGCAUUAUAAACGAUUGUUUGGGUCUCCCUGCCAACUUCUUGAAGGAAUUUAAUGAUGAUAGGAGUUGGGAUUUCAUGGUGGCCUUGCGUUACUUUCCAGCUUCUAACAAGGAGAAUAAUGGAAUCACAGAGCAUGAAGAUGGCAACUCCCUUACCUUGGUUAUCCAGGAUGGAGUUGGAGGUCUACAGGUCCGCAAAAAUGGAGAGUGGAUCUCUGUUGUUCCUGCAGAGGGCACUAUUGUGGUCAAUGUUGGUGAUGUUUUGCAGGUCUUGAGUAACAAAAAGUUCAAGAGUGCAACUCACCGAGUUGUGAGAUCAGAAGAACGAAACAGGUACUCUUAUGUGUUCUUUCAUAACUUAGAAGGAGACAAGUGGGUUGAACCAUUGCCACAGUUCACCAAGGACAUUGGGGAGCCACCAAAGUACAGAGGAUUCCUAUAUAAGGACUAUCAGGAGCUGAGAAUGAGGAACAAGACCCAUCCACCUUCUCGGCCUGAGGAUGUUAUCCACAUUAGUCAUUAUGCAAUUGAUAGCUAG